AUGUUCCCGAAAAAGUUUAAGCGGAGUGGCAUGUUCUACAAGAGGUGUGCGCAACUAGAAGCGCAGUUUGAAAGAGAGUGGGCUGAACAGCAUAAUUCAGCGGGACCCAGUGGCCAAUCGGCGAUUGUGCAAUCUGCGGAAGAUGCUUUUUUAAAUCGCGAUCUGGAAGUCGAAUACAUCAAAGAAGAGUAUGUGGAAGACAUUCUUGAUGACGAAUAUAUCAGCGAUGAAGCAUCUAUCGUCAACGACGACAGUGAUGAAAGGAAGUGGUGUGAAGAAGAAUAUUUGGAGGAAGAAAUUUCAGAAAUCAGUUCUGAAAGCUUGAAGUUGCGAGACUCUUUGCGAACUUGGUUCAUUCUCAACAAAGUUUCUCGCAACGCAAGCAAUAAUUUACUUGCGAUACUGCGUAAUGUGUCUUCUCUUUCUGCCUUUUCAUCUCUUCCGCAGGAUGUAAGGACAUUGCUAAAAGCUCCGGUAAACGUUAGCGACCAAAUAGCUACAGUUCCAGGAGGAGGUCAAAUGUGGUACCAAGGAGUUGAAUGUUGUUUGCAGCAUUAUUUCCGCAAUGUGGUUGUAGCAGAGAACAUAUUUGAGCUGAAUCUUUCAACAGACGGAGUUCCUGUGUACAAUCGUAGCCCUACACAGAUGUGGCCUAUAUUGAUGCAGCUACAUAACAUUCCGGAUGUUCCCGUUAUGGUUGUGAGAAUAUUUUGUGGUGCUAACAAACCAUCCGAUGCCGAGACUUUCUUAAGACCAUUGGUGACAGAGCUCAAUAACCUGCAGGACAACAAAAUUAAAAUUAAUGGCAAAGAAAUAUCUCUUUCUGUACGAGUGUUCAUCGCUGACUCUCCAGCACGCGCCUUCAUUAAACAGGUUUGCUAUUACAACGGCGUUCACGGAUGCAUGAAAUGUAAAGGACUUGGUACUAGCCUCAAAAACCCAAAGAAAGUUAUAUUCGAGGACACGACCGCUGAUUUAAGAACCGACGUAGAGUUCCGGAAUGAGCCAUGUAACGCAAAAGGGCAUCGCAGAGGUGAAACACCAUUAACCGACCUGAAGAAUUUUGACAUGAUAAAGGAUGUAACUACGAGCGAUAUUUUGCACCUGGUUCAUGUUGGUGUCGUACAUAAGCUUCUGCUAGGGUGGACCGAAGGUGAUCUUAAACCCUUCAAAAAAUGGUCUAAAGAUGAGAUAGCCGAAAUUUCAGAGGAGCUUGUAAGCAUACAAUUGCCUUCAGAAAUCCACAGAAGAUUUAGGUCUCUGGAAUCGUUGCACUACUGGAAAGCCUCUGAAUUAGGUAGUUUUUUAAAUUACGGAGGAAUAGUAGUACUACAGGAAAGAAUAGGCAGAGUAGCGUACGAGCAUUUUAAAUUAUUGUAUUGCGCUUUAACCAUGUUAUCGUCUACAGCCUUUAAAGAGCACUGGCACUAUGCAGGCAUAUUAUUGCGGAAAUUUGUUGAAGAUUACAAAAUAGUGUACAACCGUAUGUAUUUAGUCAGUAACGUUCAUCUGCUAAUUCAUGUAUACGAUGACGUUUGUAAAUUUGGCCCUUUGAACACUAUUUCCACAUACCCUUUUGAAGAUAAGCUACAACAUAUUAAGCAUAGUUAUGUACGAUCUGGCUACCGAAGUUUACAACAAGCGAUAGGAAAAAUAACAUUGUUACGAGAUAUUGAAACUGCCGAUAGGCGCGACAAUAUUGUUUAUCCUAUAUUAAAAAUUAAAAAGGAUGAGGUUAUCUUGCAGUUCUUCUCCUAG